UUUGGAACGUUCGCUUCUGCUGGCUGCUGGGCAACGACUAAUCAACCCAACUCGUCUGCCUGUCAGGUUAACGUUGCCGAGUUUGCAGGUUCAUUUUCUACAUUUUAAGAGAUAUUUCUUUCGGAACAUGAUUCAUGCCGCGUUAAGUUCCUCCGGAGCUCAGGUUAUUUUAGCAGCCUCCAGCGAUGAGAAUUACCCCCCGGAAAACAUAAUUGACGGAAAUACGGAGUCCUUUUGGAUAUCUACUGGGAUGUUUCCGCAGGAGUUCAUCGUCCGCUUCUCGGAGGCAGUGAAAAUGUCCCUCAUAACCAUUCACUCUUACAAUGUGAAAAAUCUUAGAAUUGAGAAAAAUACAUCAAGUGAUGCAACAGAUUUCGAACUUAUUACACAAAAGGAAUUUGAACACACAGAUGGCCACUUACAGGAAAAUGAUUUUCAGCUCAGUGCCACUACUGCAACGCACUUACGCUUCAUCAUAACAUCUGGAUAUGAUCACUUUGUUUCAGUACACAGUGUUACUGUACAAUGAACUCUCCAGUAAUUAGAAGCUGAAGCUGGUUGGUGCCUUGCAUGGCAGCCAAUUGCUGUUGGUGUGUGAGUGUAUGAAUGAAUCAGUGAAUGAGAAGCAUCAAAUGUACAGCGCUUUGGAUAAAGGCGCUAUAUAAAUGCCAACCAUUUACCAUUUAGAAUAGAUUUAAGAUUAGAUUAGAUUAAAAAGACAUUUCUUACUGUAUAUAUUGAGUUUGAUAAUAGUCAACAGUUAUAGACAUGGGAUUAUAACAGUUUUUAUAUAUCUUGUACAGAAUUGCGUACGUAUUACUUUAAUUAUGUACCACACUACAUCCU